AUGCGUCUCCUUCCAAUACUAAUGACCGUUGGGUCAGCACUUGGUGCAGUCCUUGUAGACUUCCAGUCCGCCAGAGGAGAUGAUCCAUCCGUGCUGGGCCUGCGCAACCUCGAAACCAAACGAGGAACAAUGAUCCCCGAUAACAUUCCCGACUUAUUCAUUAAGAAAGGGAAAGAUCCCAAGGGUGCCCCUGCGGCCCAUUUCCACAAGAAGACGGGUAUGCUGCGAGCCGAAUAUCACUCCCUCAAUAAAGAAACGAAGAAAGACACAACAUACGCCAUUCGCUAUGAGUUCUCCUUGGGGGCAAUUCAGCAGAGUCUAAGCAUCUGGCAAUUUAAGGAGUACCUCACAGACAACGCGGAAGAUGGUGGCGCCAACGUCCCUCUUGCCCUGAAGUUUUCUCGCAACAACCUUCAGCUCCAGUACCAGCCUAAAUGGGACGCGCCGCGACAGAUUCUAUGGCAAAUCGCUCCUGAAGUCAACACCAAAUACCGUGUAGACUUUUUGAUCAACACCGCCACCCCUGGCUGGGUUCAAUUCGCGUGGAAUGGGGAACUUCAGAAACUCGGCCCUAAUAAGGAAACUCGGUUCGCUGCAACCACAUUUCCUGGUCGGUCGGAUCCAAAGUUUGGCGCGUACCUAGCGGACGAUAUUGAUAUCGACUUCUAUGUCUAUAGAGUCCUUAUUGAGGAGAGGUAG